GCAAACGCACCAAUUUUUAACCGCAGUACCAGUCGUACAAAUCUCUUAAAACCGCUAGAAACCGCAACCGCCCGCAUCCACAAACUCCCGCAACCGCAACCGCAACCACUGCGUUUAAACCAGUCAGGCCCAUAGUCUAAUGAAUACCCAGUGUUAAGAGAAACAACUUAAAACGAUUUGGUUCCAUUAGAUCGUAUAUGUAUAGAAGUGUAAGUUUGAUUGAUUUGCUUUGACGAAUAAAAUGAUAUUAACUUUGACAAACCAAAAUUUAAAUAUAAAUGUAUUUAACUAAAUUUAUUUUUCUAUAUUUUCAAAAGAAUAUUUAUUAAAAAUAACUUUAAACAAAUAUUUUAAAUAUGUUAAAAUUAUAAUUGGCGAUUUCGAAGAGAAACAAACGGCUAUAGUUUCUUGCUUUUAUCAACAAAAAAAUGAAAAAUACUAUUUAUAUCUCUGGUAAACAAUCAGGUUAGGUUUAAUGUAAUUUGGUAAAAUUUAAGGUUCGGUUCCUAUAUAUUCUAACAUAUAUAUACAAGAAGACUUCUAACCCCUAAAUAUACUAUUUUCCACAAGACUUAAAUAUACUAGUUUAAAAACCCUAAACUCAAAUAACUAACUAAAUCAUUUCAUACUUAAAAUCAACUUUAAAAGUGUUUAUUAUACACAAAACUAAAAACAUAUAGGUCAAAUUUUAACUUUUCAAAAAAAGUUAAGCUUCCAAAAUCUAAUCCUAAAAUACAAACACACUACAACCUAUGUUACCAAACCCUAAACCAAAGAAUACCAUGACACAGGUUGGAAACAUAGGUUUCCUAUGUCAUGGUAUUCUUCAUUGACAAAAAAAACAAUUGACAUUCAUUUCCAUCUUGAAGCCUAAUUGUGGUUUUUUUGGCUUUUUUCUAAGGGAUGGGCAUUUUAGAACCACUCCAUUCAUUUUCUUGUAAUCUGUUCUUAGGUCUGUAUUUUCUUUUAUAUACACAAUAAUACUAAUUUCUUCAACUUCCCUUCUAACUAUACUACGCAAGUUAACAGAGUUAUGCAAAAGGGUCGUUUAAUUGUCACGUUGUUAAGAUGUUACUGAACCUACUGUUUUUUGUCACAUCAUGUGACUGAUGUGACAAAAUAGUCGUAGUCGAUGUAGACAUAACCUUUGAAUUUGAAUCUUGUAAUAAUCACCAGUCCCGGUUCUAGGCUACGGCGACAUAAGCAAUUGCCAUAGAUCCAUAGGUCUAAAAAAGUUUUUAGUUUUAUUUUAUUAGCUACAAAAACCAAUUUUAGUUUGAUAAUUUUUUAACUAGUUAGUGAAAUUAUAACAAAAUGAUCCAUGAUAAACCUAUUUUAAAUACAAAAAGACACCAAAAUUUAUUUUAAGCUUCCCCAUUCUCAAUUUUUCCAUUGACAAAACCUGGUUUAACAUUAAGGCCCAUUUUUUUAAUUUUUUUUUCUUUGAAUACCACAAAUUUCUUUUGCUUCAGUUUAAGGAAAUGCAAUACAAAAACCUGAGAUUUUUUUUUUAAAAAAGGUCUCUAUUUUAUGUUCGGCCAUUAAUUUUUUUAAGACGGUCAAUUUUUUUUUGAUAAAAAUAAAUCACACAAUUUGAUCACAAUCUCUUAUAUAAGUUUAUUCACUGACAAAAGAAAACUCGCAACAUACAUCCAUUUCCAUCUUGUUCUCGCAGAUUCUGCUUUUAGUUGCAGGGAUGAGAGUUUCAAAAUUAGCCCCUGCAGUUUCUUAUAUAUCGUUUUUAGCCCUAUAUUUUUCUUUCUACACAGUAGCAUCAACUUCUUCAAACUCCUUACAAGAUGACUUCAUCAAUUGUCUCCACCAAAACACAAAUGUCGAUUUUCCACUGGACAAAACAUUCUUCACUCCUGAUAGGAACGCCUCGAUGUUCAUUGAAGUCCUUAACUCGACGGCUCAAAAUCAACGAUACUUGACCACAUCAAUGCCUAAACCAGAUUUCAUAUUCAAACCGGUUCAUGAGUCUCACGUCCAAGCUUCCAUCAUAUGUUCCAAGAAACUGGGAAUUCAUCUCCGUGUUAGAAGCGGCGGUCACGAUUUUGAAGGCUUGUCCUAUGUUUCACAUAUAGAAACACCGUUUAUAAUUAUUGAUCUGUCGAAACUGAGACAGGUCAAUGUUGAUAUUGAAGACAAUAGUGUUUGGGUUCAAGCUGGUGCUACAGUCGGUGAGCUUUACUACAGAAUUUCAGAGAAGAGCAAGAUUCAUGGAUGCCCUGCAGGUAUAUACCCGAACUUAGGCAUUGGUGGGCAUAUAACAGGCGGUGCAUACGGUUCCUUGAUGAGAAAGUAUGGUCUUGCUGCUGAAAAUGUUCUAGACGCAAAGAUAGUUGAUGCUAACGGCAAGUUACUAGACAGAACCACGAUGGGAGAGGAUAUGUUUUGGGCGAUUAGAGGAGGCGCAGGAGGGAGUUUCGGGAUAAUUUUGUCAUGGAAGAUCAAGCUUGUUCUUGUUCCUCAAACCCUAACUGUCUUCACGGUCACCAAAACACUAGACCAAGACGCAGGAUUCAAGAUUCUUUCAAAGUGGCAACAAGUUGCGGACAAGCUCGUUGAAGAGCUCUUCUUACGCGUGUUCUUCACCAUAGCUGGAAACAAUGAAAACAGAACUGUGGCCAUGUCAUACAUAGGUCAGUUUCUUGGCGAGAAAGGCAACUUGAUGGAGGUAAUGAGCAAGGGUUUUCCAGAACUAGGGCUAACUCUGGAGGAUUGUAUAGAAAUGAACUGGAUUGAAUCCAUCAUGUACAGCUCUGGAUUCUCAACUACCACUCCUCCUCCUCCUGAGGUUUUGCUUCAAGCAAAGUCACCUCUUGGAGAAGUUUACUUCAAAGCCAAAUCAGACUUCGCUAAAGAACCGAUUCCUGUUUUAGGUCUUAAAGGGAUGAUCAAGAAGAUUCUUGAAGAAGAAGCUGCAGUAAUGAUAUGGACUCCAUACGGUGGAAUGAUGGAUAAAAUCCCUGAAUCUGAGAUCCCGUUUCCGCAUAGAAGCGGAACCAGCUUCAUGAUUCUGUACUAUAGGAGCUGGUCAGACACCGAGAACAGACCAGACAUGCGUAUCAAAUGGAUCAGAGAAUUGUACAGUUACAUGACGCCUUAUGUCUCAAGUAACCCAAGACAAGCAUAUGUGAACUACAGAGAUCUAGACCUGGGACAGAACAGCAACAACUCAAAGACAAGCCUCAAACAAGCUCAAGUCUGGGGAGCAAAGUACUUCAAAGACAAUUUCAACAGAUUGGUGAAGAUUAAAACAAAAUCUGAUCCAGAGAACUUGUUUAGACACGAACAAAGCAUCCCCCUUCUUUGCUGAAGCUGAUGAUAUAUAAUACUAUUUAAAUAAGUAUCAUUAUACAAUGAACUCAAUAAAUGGAACAAUGCUUCUUCUUUCUUCUUUUAUUUCAGACGAUCUUGAAUAAUCCCAUAUCCCAUAUACCAUCUAUACUAUCAUUUACCAAUUGAUUUUUCGCAACAAAAAUCUCACAAUAAGAGUUAGACUGGCAAAAUAUGAUGUUACCUUUAAUAAAUAAUUAAAUUUUGUUUAUAUGAUUAACCAUUAAAACAUGAGUUAAUUAUUAUUAAAAAAUUCAAAAAGAAAGAAAACUGGUUUUUGACAAAAACAAUUCAUGUAUAUUGUAUUAUUAUCCAAACUAAUAUUAUUUUAAAAUAGAUAAAUUUCUAAACAUAUAUUUAUCAAGUUAAAAUUGAAUUCCGAAUUAAAAAACAUUAAAUAGUCUUGAUAAUUAUAAGCUUAUAUAUUAGCUAUGUUUUGAUAAACAUAUUUGAUGAUCUUGAUAAUUAAUUUAAAAAAUUAAAAUUUAGAAAUAAUGAACACAGUCAAAAUUGUAUAUAAAGAGAUUUUUACAAUAUUUACACAACAUCAUUGUUUCUAAGUUUUUAUAAAAUAAAUAUAUAUGUUUUAGUGAAAGACUGCAUCAUAUAUAAAUAGUUUUAUGUUAAAUUUGUUAUUGGUUUUGUAAAUGAAUGACAAUAAAUUAUAUUGCUAGUCUUUAAAUUAAUAAUAUAAUAAUUAAUAAAUAUUAGUAAGAUAAUUAAGUCUGCAUGACGGCCAAAACUAGGGGUGGACGUUUGGGUACCCAUUCGGGUUCGGAUCGGGUAUUUCGGAUAUUUGGAUAUUUUGGUAUAGAACUAUAAAACCCGUUCGGGUAUUUUCUAACUUCGGAUCGGGUUCGGAGAUUUUAACUUCGGCUUCGGGUAAUUUCGGAUGUAUCCUAACUCGAGACAUAACUUUUUUUUUUUGAAAUGAAUGUUCUGUUAUGUCUUCAAAUCAUUCCACAUAAUAAAUAUAGUCUAAAAACACUUGAAAUGGGAACAAAACAACAAUAAUCCGUCUAAAAACAUUGUGAAAACAUCAAUAAAGUUCCUAAAUUAAGCAAACAAACCGAAACAAGCUAAAAGAGUUUCUACUUCCAAACAUAGCUAAUAAAUUAAAUGAUUAAUAGAUUUGAAUAUAAAUUUUAAAACUAAAAAAACACUAAUUUGGUUAUUGUUUUGAAAUUUUUGAUACAAUUUUCGUUAAUGCACAAAACAAGAAUCUUGAAAAGUUUUUCAAGUGAGUAAUAAUCCAUAAUUAUAUUUAUAUUAUCUGAUCUUAAGCUAUGUGUAGCAUUAAUAUAAAUAUUUGGAGUAAAAUGAGAGAAGUAAACUAAAAAAAUAAGGUUAAUUAUACGUAUGUUCGGUUAUCUUCAAAUAUACAUCCGGGUUCGGAUAUUACCCGUUCGGGUUCGGAUAUCCAAACUCUCCCAACUCAAUACCCGUUCGGAUAUUUUGCUACUUCAGUUCGGAUUUCGGUUUGGAUUUUUCGGGUCGGAUUCGGGUGCGGUUUCGGGUAUCGGAUAAAGUGCCCAGGCCUAGCCAAAACAUUAGUGUAUACAUUAUUUAAAAAGUGAUUUGGACAUAUGUCACACCAUAUUUAUUUUUACUAAAUAAGACGACGUAAAAGAAUUAUGAAAUGGCAACACUUGAUGAUGACAUUUAUAAUUUCCUUUUAUAAGUGUUUAUUUAUUUGGCAAGAUUUUUUAUAUAAGGUAACAACAAAAAACUUAUAUAUCAACCAUUAGUGUCAAUUUAUUUAAGAAGAUUUAUUUUUGUCAAAAUUUUUAAAAUAUAGUAAUAAUUGAUUUUUAUAUGUGUUUCUAAUAUUUUACAUAUAUAUAUAUAUAUAUAUAUAUUAUCAAAAUUAUUUGUAAGUAUUUUCUACAAAUAUAAUAUUAAAACAAUACUAAUCAAAUAUUUUUCUUGUUGAUAUAUAAUUGACUAGAAUUUUAUUUAAAUUUAUCGGUUCAUUAAGUAAAUUAACAUAUUUAUUUUUACCAAUUUAACAUAUUUAACUAAAACAAAUAACUGAAAUUUAUUAAUAUAUAUAUAUAUAUAUAUUUUUAAAUAUAAAUUUUCAAACUAGGAGAUAAAAUACAUAUUUAAAUAAAUAGUAAUUCUCCUAUAUAUAACAUAAUAUUCUUAUUAGAUAUAACUUAAAUUCUAUCAAGGUUUAAAUAUAAUAAUAAUAAUUAAACCAAACUAAAUCAAAAGAUACAAGACUACAUAUAACUAAAUUUACUAUUUUAUUUUUCCACAUCUAUAAAAUUUAAAUUAAAAAUAAUAAUAUUCAAACAUAAAUCAAAUAUUCUUUUUAAAUUAAAAUAAAUUAUAAUUAAAUUAUAAGUUCUGCACAUGGCGCAAGAAAACUCCUAGUAGCUAUGAUAUAAACAAUGAAGGAUGUCAAACUAAGUCACACAUCAGAAGUUUAGACAAAUAAUGAGAGAUGUCAAACUAUCACACAUCAGAAGUCUAAACAAUGAGAGCUGUCAAACUAAGUCACACAUCAAAAGUUUAUAAUUAAAUAUUUGUAUAUAAUAA